AAGGGGGCGGGGAAGUUGCUGAAUCUCACGUCCUCACCGUGCCGGACACCGGUGUCUGCUUGGACCAAAUCCGAUCUCGUGGCCACGGCCAGAACACACCUCCUCACGUCCACCUGACCUCUUGCUCCUCCCCAAUAAUGCCCAGUGCGGCAGUGCCUGCCACCGUCUAAGCCCACCCCAAGUCUCCGCCGUCAACCCGUCCUCCCCCAUGGCCGCCGCCGCCGCCAUCUCUCUAUCCUUCCACUUUCGUUUCCGCCCGCCCUUUCCAUCUCCACGUACCCCCACGCGCCACGCUCCCUUUUCCUUGUUCUCCCCUUCCCUUCUUGCCCCCUGCCGCCUCCGCGUCGCUCCCGGCCGCCCCUCACCGUCCCCGUGGCGCCCCGACGUGCGGGCGCGCGCUGGAAGCACCAUCGGGGCGCCGCCUGCGCUUGUGCGCCCAGGCGGAGCCGUGGAGACGGACCGCCUCCCCUCCGACGUGCGGGACCGGGCCAUGGAGGCGGUCGACCACUUCGGCGGUCGCGUCACCAUAGGAGACGUCGCUUCUCGCGCUGGGCUGCAGCUCGCGCAGGCGGAGCGCGCGCUCCAAGCACUCGCCGCCGACACUGAAGGCUUCCUGGAGGUAUCGGAGGACGGGGAGGUGCUAUACGUCUUCCCAAAGGACUACAGGGCAAAGCUGGCUGGCAAAUCGUUUAGGAUGCGGGUCGAGCCUCUGGUUGACAAAGCCAAGCAAGUGGGUGCUUAUCUGGUACGUGUUUCAUUUGGCACUGCGCUCAUUGCCUCAAUUGUGCUGGUGUACACUACAAUCAUUGCCAUUCUCUCAAGCUCAAGCACUUCCUCUUCUACUAGUAGUGAUGAAGAUGGUCGUGGGAGGCGGAGGAGAUCUUAUGGUUCUACUAUCAUCAUUCCGACGGAUAUGUUUUGGUACUUGGAUGCAGAUUAUUAUAGAAGACGUCGAGUAGAAAACGAAAAUGGGAUGAACUUUAUUGAAUCUGUAUUUUCAUUUGUGUUUGGGGAUGGUGAUCCAAACGAUGGGCUUGAAGAAAAGCGGUGGAAGAUGAUUGGACAGUAUAUUUCAUCAAAUGGUGGAGUUGUUACAGCUGAAGAACUGGCACCAUUUCUUGAUGUGCCACCUCCAUCAGAAGAGUCCAAGGACGAUGAAUCAUUUGUUCUUCCAGUUCUUUUACGCUUUCAGGGACAUCCAGAAAUUGAUGAGCAGGGAAAUAUCCUGUAUCGAUUCCCAUCGCUGCAACGUACUGCUUCAUCAAAAAGUGGUAGGAGCAGGGAAUAUGUGGGUACCAAAUGGUCUGCAAUGUUUAGCGGAGUUGAAAAGUACUUAGAGGAGAAACCGUGGAAAUUCAGUAAAGCGAAUGCAACAGAGAAGGCGAUGGUUGCUGGUUUGGGAGGACUCAAUCUCUUUGGUGUCAUCAUUCUUGGAAACUUGUUGAAGCAAAUGACAGUGACACCUGGUGGACUAAUCUCAUUUGCCGCACAGUUAUAUCCUUUGCUUCAGAUAUACGCUGGCUCCUUUUUUGCAAUACCUUUGUUUAGAUGGUUUCUGCUACGCAAGACCAACAAUGGCAUUAAAAAGAGGAAUAAGGCCAGAGAACAGAGAGCUCAGGAGCUCGUGUCACCAGAUUCUUCUCUAAGAAGAAAGUUGCUCAGUGCACGUGAUAUGGCUGAACGGAAAGUAAUCACGCCAGAGGAGAUUGUCUAUACUACUGAAAAGGAUCUAUUGGAGCAGGAUUAUGAAGUCAAGGAGUGGGAGAGGAGAUUUAAGGAGCUCGAGUCAGAGUGAUGGACAUGACCGAUAUACUUGACACUUGCAGUAGCUCUACAUGGUCCUCACCAUACUUGUCGGUGAUUUUUAUCCGCAUCCAACGGAGUGGAAGAUGGAUCUGACUGAACCACUCGAGCAAGCGAAACUGGAUGGUACUGGACCUCACUAAUUGUCGUGUCACCACCAGCCCACCACUGACCACUUCGCUAUGGAAGUUUUGUGGAAGCUGUUGGUUUAAUUGGAACCGACCAUUAUUUGCAAGAUGAUGUUCGUAUCUGUGCCAUUGACCUGCAUAUAUGUAUAGUUCCAAUCACGGAUCAAAUUCAGAAUUUGACACGAAAAAGAAAAAAAACAGGGAAUAUGGCUAGGAUGCUACUCGGUUUGAAUGGAGUCCAAUCAAAACAUGUAAAAAGGUCAGCCUGUGAACAGGGACUCAGACUGUUUGCUGCGGCUUUAAUCCACUGGCUCCUGUUUUUUCAUA